AUGCUCUUCAAGCCACGGGGCGUGACGAGCAAUGACCCGAAAUAUGCUGGUAACUCUCGUAUCAUGACGAUACCCGAUCUUCUUGCUUACAGAGACACCUGGAAGGAGCGUUUGUCGGAUGAUUUUUCGCUAGGGCGUAUUCUGUUUGCUGCGCGAGCCGCCAAGAGCAAGCCUGCGGCGCCCGAGAAACUUGUGAUGACCAGCAAUGGAUUUAAAGUGAAGGACAGGGACGCGAUUGCCCCAUCCGAGCGAGGUGUGCGCAUGGUGCAGAGCACACUUAACAAACUGACAGAAUCCAACUUUGACUUGAUUGCCAAAGCUAUUCUUGUCCCGGAGAUCAUUCUGAAUGCGAAUGUGGUGGCAGAUGUGGUGCGUCUCAUCUACGACAAGGCUCUUGUUGAACCUGUCUUUGCUGGUUUAUACGCACGGCUCUGUUACAUGAUUGUACGCUACGAAUAUGACUACCGCAGCACACAAAGCGGUGAAGUCGAUGCCCAGAAGAGUGAGGUACGUGUGGCGAUAGUGGAAAAGUGUCAGCAAAUGUUUGACGGGGCUACCAAGGCAGUGCGGGAAACCGCUUCGGAAGAGGAGGCCGAGAAGGUGCGUAAACGCAACGUAAAUAACAUCAAGUUUGCUGGUGAACUUUUUUUGAAGUCACUCAUUACACAAAAGAUUAUCGAUCGCAUAUUGGGUGAGAAACUUUUUAAUAUUACACCAAACGACAUGGAUCUGGAGGUCGUUGUCAACUUACUGGAGGUCGUAGGGAAGAUGUAUGAGGAGAAGCACCCUGCGGCACAACCCGCAUUGUGGAAGCUACUGGGGGAAUUACAAGAGGAGCGACGCUUUUCGAAUCGUAUUCGUUUUCUUCUGCAGAACCUCAUUGAACGGCGCAAUGGCGGUUGGAAGCCACGGGAGCCGGAGCAGGUCAUAGUGGAAGACCCGCAGCAGCAGCAGCAGCAGCAGCAGCAACAGCAACAACAACAACAACACCAGCAACAACGGUAUCAUUUCCACCACCAUCAUCAUCAGCAGCAGCAGCACCAGCAACACCAUCAGCAACACCACCAGCAGCAGCAGCGGAAUUCCGAUCAGCUUCAGACACCAAUAGGGAAACGAGCGAAAAGCUACCAAGAUGUCUCAAAUCCAUACGGUGUUGGGGCCCGACGUUCGACGAGCCACUUGGAUCUGCCUGGUUAUGGUGCGUACGCCAUGCCACCACCACCGCCACCACCACCACCAACGUUGCAAUACGCGGGGGUGGAGGAGCAGCUGUCGGUGGAUGAGAGGAAGCUGAUUGUGCUUGCACGACCACCAGAGACACUUACAGAAGAAGUGCGUCGAAACAUCUUUCGCAUUGCUCGCGAUGCCGUGGAGGAUGGGUUACCGAAUCGUGACUGGAUAACGAAUGACCUCUCACGUGUUUUGGGUCCCAAUGAAAGCAGUAGCCAGAGUUUAAUGACAAGCGUCUACGUGAUCCUACUUCGGGCUUUAAUGGACCCCAAAGAGAGCGAGCGGACGCUGUUCUGCACGGCUCUUGAAAGUGGGAACUGGGAACGCAGUAUUCUGGGCCGUGGAUUUGCAUGGUGUCUUACGAAAAUUAUUGCAGAACGAGAUGUGGCUGAUUGUCCGCGUAUUUAUUCUCGGUUUGUAGAUGUCGUUACACGCGUCACGGAGUUAAACUUUUUGUGCGUGACAAAAGACAUCAUUGCACGCACAGCGAGGUACCUUGACGUUCUUCAGGUCGUUUACGAUGAAACGGAGGAGUGGGAGGAGGAUUUUAUUCACGUUUGGGACAAACUUUUGGUGGCACGGCAGGCACCAAAUAAAGUGACGGCGGCCGAAAGCAUGGAGUCCAUGAGUUUCACGCGGUUAGGGUCAUUCUUGCGCGGCAUCCUACCGGACUUUGUGGCAUCGAUGGUGCAGGCGGGCUUCUUCACAGAGGACGAGUUGAGGCAAUGGCGGCAGGAGAAUGAGUCAAAUCCAAAAUUCCGCGCCAUCACGGAGGAGCUUGCCCAGUUGUAUCCUUGA